CUCUCUCUCUCCUCUCUCUCACUCUCUCUCUCUCCUCUCUCUCACUCUCUCUCUCUCUACCCCUCUCUCUCACAGAGACGUCUCCCGCAUUUUGCACCCUUUUAAUAUUGUAUUUUUAAAGGUUUUGUGGGAGCAGCGAACGAAGAUGAUGCCCCAGUACAAAGGCCACCACCCCAGCGCAGGCCAGACCUCCGAGGAAGACGACAGUCGCAGCAGUGGCGCCACCGCUACCACCAACGCUAAGCGGCGGAAGCCUACCGCUGCCGCCGUUCCUACGGCGGCGACGAUGGCCAGCACCACCAACACUACCAACGAUGGAGCAUCCAUCGAAGUGGCUAGGAAGCCGAGGGGUCGGCCGCCGGGGUCAAAGAACAAGCCGAAACCGCCCAUCAUCAUCACGCGUGACAGCGACAACGCCAUGAGGCCACACAUCAUCGAGGUCCCGUCUGGCUGCGACAUCGUUGAGGCGGUGGCGCAGUUCGUCCGGCGCCGACAGUUCGGUCUCUGCGUCAUGAGCGGCUCCGGCACCGUCGCCAACGUCACCCUCCGGCAGCCCGCCAGCCCCGGCGCCACGGUCACGUUCCACGGCCGCUUCGAUAUCCUGUCCCUCUCGGCCACCUACCUCCCGUCUUCCUCCCCGGCCUCUCCAACCUCUUCCUCGAUCGUCGCCAACUCAGGAGGCUUCACCAUAUCACUCGCCGGAGCUCAGGGGCAGGUCAUCGGGGGACCCGUUGUUGGCUCGUUGCUCGCCGCCGGGACCGUCAUCGUCGUCGCUGCGUCGUUCGCCACAACUUCUUAUCACCGGCUUCCGGCGGAGGACGAGGUCUUGGAGAAACGGAUCCAGACGACGCCGCCGCCUGGCAGCGGUGGUGGUGGCGGCGGCGCCGCCGUCUCCGAGUCAUCCGCUAUUUCUGCGUACACGGUGUCCCCGACGCCCAUGAGCUGCCAUCUGACGCCGGACGUCUUCUGGGCACCUUCCGCCAGGCCACCACCACCAUACUAACCAUGAAAGCAACCAACCAAGAGAAAAAUGACUGUUUUUUUUUCCUUUUUUAGGUAUUAGUAGUAUUUUCUUUGUUUUAUUGGAGGGGUUUCUCUCUGGUUCCCUUUUUGGAUUUCUUUGUAACUUGUUCAAAAUGCACAGAAACUAUGGAUGACGUUGAUGAUGGUGAUGAUGAUGAAUCUGCCUUUAGUUGGCCUGUCAGAUUUUUAGAGCUCACGAGUUUAUUGUCGUUUCUUCCUCUGAAAUGAUUCUGAGCAGAUGAGCAUGAGCAUGAGAAUAGUGGGGCAUGUCAGGUUUCCGGUCGACGGAGACGUCACCGUCGGCGUCCCCCCUCUCUCUUUCCUUCA